AUGGAGUCGCGAAUCAAUAUUCCGGCAACGCUGGUACAAUUUCUUAUGCGCAGUCAGCCCCCCAGUAGUCGAGGCGAGUUCACGCUCCUUAUGACGGCUAUUCAGACCGCGGUAAAGGUGAUUGAGAAGUACAUCCGUUCAGCCGGAAUGCAGGGUCUCUUUGGAUACCUUACCGAUAACACUUCCAACGCAUCUGGAGAUACGCAGGCGAGGCUUGAUGUGAUAGCAAACAAUGCAUUUAAGGCGUAUUUGUUGUCCUCAACGGGGGUUGCUUUUCUUGGUAGUGAGGAAGAAGAGACUCUUGUGUUGGUUGAAGGGGAUCAUCAAGGAAAUUAUAUUGUGUUUUUUGAUCCACUGGAUGGGAGCAGCAACAUUGAUGCAAACAUAUCCGUUGGCUCCAUCUGGGGUAUCUGGCGUGUGCCUGUGAAUACGAAAGUCACGACCAUGGAAGAGGCCAGUGCAGUACUAAAGCACUUGUCGGGAAAAUGCCUUGUAUCAGCAGGUUACGCCAUGUACGGAACAUCCACAAAUCUUGUAAUAACGACGGGGCACGGGGUGGAUGGAUUCACGUUGGACCCGACUAUUGGCGAGUUCAUUCACACGCAUCCGCACAUCACACUUCCAGCGUCCCGUACUAUUUACAGUGUGAAUGAAGGAAACUUUCGCAACUGGGAGCCAUGGCUUCAGAAGUAUAUGCAUUAUAUUAAAUCAGAAUCAAAGGAUUUGUAUUCUUUACGUUAUAUCGGUUCAAUGGUUGCUGACAUCCAUCGGACACUGCUUUAUGGUGGUAUUUUCUGCUAUCCUGGUGAUCGCAAACAGCCAGAAGGGAAGUUACGGCUCUUCUAUGAGGCUGCCCCAAUGGCAAUGCUUGUGGAGCAGGCUGGAGGUAAGGCCUCUACAGGUAAGGGUCGUGUCCUGGAUGUGGAGCCGAAGAAACUCCACCAACGUGUGGCUGUGUACAUGGGUAGUAGGCAGGAAGUGAACUUGUGUCUCUCAUUUCGGCAGAGUGAACAGAAGAAGCCUGGAAGUAAGCUGUAA